AUGCCACCGGCGCCGGAAGAGAAAGCGGAGAGCCAUCUGAGCGACACCCCAGCGAAGUCAGAGCUGGAUCAGCAACAAGAAAACGAUAAGAAGCGGGCGGCGCCGCAGCUGCUGACAGAGACGAAGAAGAAGCCGCGGAAGCAGAAGAAGCAACUGGAAGAACCUAAGGAUAAAAUGGAAGGUAACGACGACGAUGAGAAACGGCGCAACUUUUUAGAGAGAAAUCGUGUGGCGGCGCUGAAGUGUCGCCAACGUAAGAAGCAGUUGAUCCAAAAGAUGGAAGAUGAGCUCACGUUCUACUCCACCGGAUACCGUGAGCUCUCAGCGCAAGUGACCCAGCUACGAGAACAGUUGAUUAAGGUGAACCAGGUGUUGGCAGCACAUAAAGACUGCCAGCUACUCGCACAACAAGUCGGGGGGUUUGACCAUUUGAACCAGUUGCUCACUCAGAGUCAGUAUGUCACCCAAUUAGCCGCAGGCAAUCAGGGCAAUGUCACUCUGAUUCCACUGACAAUCCCCACUACUUUGAAUAGCGUGCCCAUGGCUGGCGCCCAAGCGGCGACUCAGACCAGCGCCGCAAACACAAUGACGGCAGUGCCGCCGCCGCCACCCAACGCUCAACCUCAAUACCAGCCGGGGAUGCCCGGGAUGAUGGAACUGGGUGUGCCUCGCCUGGCAGUGAUGGCGGCAGCGACCGACAACCAGCAGACCGUCACCAGCCACGGCUCGAUGACCGAUUUGCAGGCCGUCGGCAACGAACAAGGCGACUUGCGCAACAUCCAGCUGAUGCUGAACUUGCAGCGAGCCGGGGAGUUGGAAGGGUUGACGUUGGACAUGGGUAUGGUGCAGCCCAACAAUUAG